CGGUGAUGGCUCGGAUUCUCCGAACAGAGGGGGGAGCCAUGGGGAGGAUCAUAGAGGCAGGGCGAGGUCUAGAGAGUCGAGAGAUUCGUUGAGCAGUGAUCAGAGUCGGAGGCCACUGACGGCGAAAGAGGAGGAGAGGCCGCGAAAAGAGAGCUGCGGCGCCAGCGAUAUGGAGGAGGGAGAGCUCGAACCCGAGCCGGAGCCGGAGCCUGGCCCUGAAUCCUUACCCAAUCCUGUGUCAUCUAGUGAUGAGAAGACUUGCCGGGGAGUAACAGAGGGGAACGGUAAACAUGAUGAUGGAAUUCCGAUCAGUUGUCGAAAUGAAGAAAAUUCGGCGAAGAAACAGGCUGUAGAAUCUGAGGAGAAGAUGGAGUGUGAUGGUUUCGGUGCUAACAGCAUAAAGGAAGAAGGCAAAGUUAGCGACUGCGUUGGAGCGGAAGCGGAUAUAGCGACCGAAGCUAAAGAUCAGCAGAAAGAAUCAGAUUCAGUAUUAGAUGAGAAGAUCAGUUUAGAAGGAGACGGGAGAGAGAAAGAAAAUGGUGUUGAUAGUAAUGAUGUAGUAGAGGGUAAUUUAUGUGAAAAGAAGCAAGAAUUGCCUGAGGAAGUAAGGUUGCGCGAAUCUUCUCAAGAUUUGGAAGAAAGAAGCGGCGAUGAAGAGCACAUGGUCGAGAAUGAAGGGAAAAAGAGUGAAUCUCCCGUUUCCAAUUCUGCGAAAGAGGACUUGGAGGAGAAUCAGGGAGAAGGGAAAGGUGUGGUAACGCAAACUGAAGCUGUAAGAGAAGAAGAGACAGGUGCAGGCCUUGAAAUUGAGGAGAGAGAAAUUGAGGAGAGACAAGGUAAUGAUAUUGAUUUAGAGGUUGAACCAGAGGGUGCUAUCGAUGUGUUUGUUUCAAGUAAAGUAGUAGUUGGUGAGAAGAGAUCUGAGGAUAUGACUCUGAACCUUAUGACUGGAAAUCCAAAGGACAAUGAGAAGGAUAACUGUCAGCCUAUCGUGGUCUCCACCAAAGAGAACUACGUAGAAGAUGGCAAUGCAAUGGAAGUUCAGAGCAGAAGGGGGUUUGAGCUGGUCUUCCAGUCUGAUCUUGGCCGAACAGAGAAAGCACAAUGUAGUGGGAGUGUUACCGACAAGCAAAAAAAUAUUAAGCUUAAAAUGGAGAGCCUCGAUCUUUCUCUUAGUUUGCCAGGUAUUUUACAGGAUUAUACUUCCAAAUGUCCAGUCCCGAAAUCUGAUUCUCCCACUCAUACCAAGAGUAUACAGUCUUUGCCAUCAUCCUUUCGCACAUAUUCAGAUGGGUACACGAGCUCUCAACCUUUUGUCCACAAUCCUAGUUGCUCACUUACCCAGAACUCCUUUGACAAUUACGAGCAAUCUGUUGGUAGCCGUCCAAUAUUUCAGCCGGUGGAUCAGGCUGCUGGUGGCACCAUAUGGCAAGCCCAGACGUCAAAUGAAUCCAAACGGAAGGCUGCCCCACUUGUUCAGAGGAUUCUGCAGAAUGGCAAUGCAGCAAACCACAUGUUUCAUUCUACGAACGGACAGCAGCAAGGGAAGCCUAAUGGCAUCCUAAGACAGAUGAGUCUCCCAAGGCAGUCAUCUCCAGCACACAGUCAUGGUUCUCAUGAUUCCAGGUCGGAACAUAGCAAGGGUAAGAUGCAACUUACAAGAGAGAGAAGCAGCAGUAGUAUUUUCAGGAGCGAAAAGCAAGAAGGGGAACCACUCAUGCUUAAUGGUUCAGGCGUCAUUGAGAGGAUUGUCGCCAAAAUUGUGUCAGAGCCUUUACAUCUGUCGGGCAGGAUGCUUCAAGAAAUGACUGAGCCUUCCAUAGCUUACCUGAAGGAAACCAUUUGUGAGAUGAUUACCAGUGCAGAUAAAACUGGACAAAUUACUGCACUGCAGGUGGCACUUAAAAGGAGGUCUGACCUUAAUGUCGAAAUGUUACCAAAGUGUAACCGUGUUCUGCUAGAGAUAUUAGUUGCUCUAAAGACCGGUCUUCCAGAUUUUAUCCUGAAAGCGAGUAGCAUCACUAUCUCUGAUUUAGUUGACAUCUUUCUAGACUUGAAAUGCUGUAAUCUUGCUUGUCGAAACAUGCUUCCUGUGGAUGAUUGUGAUUGCAAGGUUUGCAUGCAAAAGAAUGGCUUCUGCAGUGCAUGCAUGUGUCUUGUCUGUUCCAAGUUUGAUAUGGCUUCUAAUACUUGCGGUUGGGUUGGUUGUGAUGUCUGCCUUCACUGGUGCCAUACGGACUGUGGUUUGCGCCAUUCUCUUAUUAAGAAUGGAGGAAGUGGUCCGCGAGCGCAUGGGAAUAAUGAGAUGCAGUUUCACUGUAUUGCCUGCAAUCAUCCGUCGGAGAUGUUUGGUUUUGUGAAAGAAGUAUUUAAAACAUGUGCCAAAGACUGGAAAGCAGAAACUCUUACUAAGGAACUACAGUAUGUGAGACGGAUAUUCUCCUCCAGUAUUGAUGAAAGGGGCAAAAGAUUACGAGAUGUAGCUCAGCAGAUGUUGGUAAAACUAGAAGAUAAAGCUAAACAUUCUGAAGUUAUCAAGUAUGUAAUGGCAUUUUUUUCUGAUAGUGAAUCCAAUUUCAGCAUUAGCCCUACCAAAUCGCGAACUAUUGCUGAAGGAAGCAGUAUGAUACCAUCCUCAAAUGAAGGACCGAAAUGGGUGCCAUCUGGUCUCUCGGAUAGAGUCGCCAAUCUGGAAAAUGCAGGUAGUCUUUCCAGCAUGGAAUUUAAACGUGCGGGCGGACAAAUUGGCAAUGUUAAACAACAAAAUGAUUUUGAAAAGAAGCCGGUUGUUGAUGAACUUGAUAGUGUAGUGAAGUUCAAGCAGGCAGAAGCAAAGAUGUACCAAGAGCGUGCCGAUGAUGCAAGGAGAGAAGCCGAGGGCUUAAAACGAAUAGUAUUAGCAAAGAAUAUUAGGAUCGAGGAAGAUUAUAACAGCCGAAUUGCCAAGCUUCGGUUAGGCGAGGCAGAGGAGAGGCGUAAACAAAAGCUUGAAGAGCUACAGGUUAUUGAAAGGGCACAGAGGGACUAUUUGGAUUUGAAAAUUAGGAUGGAAACUGAUAUCAGAGAUCUUCUGUUAAAAAUGGAGGCUGCAAAACGUAAUUUCAGUACGUGAUAUGGAAUCUGACAGCAUGCACUGCCUUGCUACAGCUCAAUAUUUAUUUCAGAUAAGCGCGUCAAAGGUCAACCGGGUAGGUAGAAACUUUAUAUGAUGAUGCUCUAAAGCCGUAGGCUUUUGUUGCUUCCUUUAAUCCUUUCCCCCUCUUCUGUUACUCUCUUGAUGUUGUUAGAUGUUUAAUAGCCUUUUAGCCUUCUAUCCUUGAUUUUCCUCUUUUACUUUUCAUUAUCUAACUGGAUUCUGUACAGGGAGAUUGCAGUGUGAUCAUCAAUCACAAUUAUGGAAACGGAAAGGAAAAUAGUUCCUCUUUCAUCGUAUCUUAUGUUAAAUAAUUAAUUGUUUGUAA